AUGAGCAAUGAAGGCGAGAUCAAGAACGGGGCUAAACCAACUCCCCGUUUGAAUCAGAGGAUUCUUUCGUCGCUGUCAAGGAGAUCUGUGGCUGCACACCCAUGGCAUGAUCUUGAAUUAGGGCCUGAAGCUCCACAAAUUUUCAAUUGUGUUAUUGAGAUAACAAAAGGAAGUAAAGUGAAAUAUGAGCUUGAUAAGAAGACCGGUAUGAUUAAGGUGGACCGUGUGUUGUAUUCUUCGGUCGUGUAUCCUCACAAUUAUGGGUUUAUUCCUCGAACUCUUUGUGAAGAUAACGAUCCAAUGGAUGUCCUUGUCCUCAUGCAGGAACCGGUUCUACCUGGCUGCUUUCUUCGAGCCAAGGCCAUUGGGCUCAUGCCCAUGAUUGAUCAGGGAGAAAAGGACGACAAGAUCAUUGCGGUUUGUGCUGAUGAUCCCGAGUAUCGUCAUUACAAAGACAUCAAGGAGCUUCCUCCUCACCGUCUUGCUGAGAUUCGUCGCUUUUUCGAAGAUUACAAGAAGAAUGAAAAGAAAGAAGUUGCAGUAAAUGAUUUUCUGCCAUCAGAAACAGCAUAUGAAGCUAUCCAACACUCAAUGUAA